AUGUUUCUGGAUUCAAAUCUAAUGGAAAUAAUUGUCAAAGAAACGAACAACUAUGCAGAACAAGAAAGAAAAGCAAAUCGGGCAAAGAUAUCAAGGUGCUCCCGCAGUAAAAAAUGGAUCCCUACAAAUGACAGAGAAAUGAAGCUAUUCUUUGGGCUAAUAAUUCUUCAAGGUAUUUUCCGAAAACCAAAUCAGGCUAUGUACUGGUCUCAUCGAAGGAUUUGGCAUAAACCAGUUUACUCAAAAGUAAUGCUCGUAAAUCGUUUUAUUUUGCUUUUUCGAUAUUUACAUUUUUGCAAUAAUGAAGCUGGAAAAAAAGAUGAUUUUCCAAAUCCAAAACUUUGGAAGCUGUAUAAGGUGAUAGAAAAUUUAAGGGAAAAAUUUUGUAAUUUUUACAUACCGGAAAGUGAUGUAUCGGUUGAUGAAAGCUUGAUGCCUUAUAAAGGAAGGUUAUCUUGGAAACAAUAUAUUCCUAUCAAACGUGCAUGA